CGGGUUAGCGUCGUUUAGGUUUUAAAAGUAAGACAAUAAUAUUGUUUCUUUUUGCAUAGAACCUUGAAUAUACAAUCAUGGAAGUUAAAUCUGUCCUGUGAGUAUGGUGACGUCUGGUGGCGGCGCGAAAAGUAUACGGCGCCUCUUUAUAAAUAACAGAUGUAUUUGGGCAUUCAUAACCUACAAAUUUUAAAGGAAUUUUUCAUAUUUAAUAUUGUUUCGUGUUUGUGAAUAAAAGUUCUGGACAAUAUUUAUAAUUGUAAAAAAUAUGUUUGAAGCACAUAGUAUCAAUGCCGAGCAUAAAGAUUUAAUUCAUGAUAUUGCCUAUGAUUUCUAUGGGCAGCGUAUGGCAACAUGCUCCAGUGAUCAAUUUGUUAAGGUUUGGGACGAAGAUGAACAUGGAAAUUGGCAUUUAACAGCCUCCUGGAAAGUACACAGUGGAUCUGUAUGGAAAGUCACAUGGGCACAUCCUGAAUUUGGACAAGUACUCGCAACAUGUUCCUUUGACAGAACUGCUGCAGUUUGGGAAGAAAUUGUUGGCGAGGGUUCAGGACCUGGUGAACGUGGUAUGAGACAUUGGGUGCGCCGAACAAAUUUAGUAGAUUCUCGUACAUCAGUUACUGAUGUUAAAUUUGCUCCAAAGACACUGGGACUUCUGUUAGCUACAUGUAGUGCAGAUGGAGUCAUUAGAAUAUACGAAGCUCCAGAUGUUAUGAAUCUAAGUCAAUGGACGUUGCAACAUGAUAUCAGUUGCAAACUUCCUUGCAGUUGUCUUACAUGGAACCCAUCUUUGUCCAGAUUACAUCCACCAAUGUUAGCAGUGGGAAGCGAUGACUCAAAUACUUCGAAUGGAGGAAAAGUAUUUAUAUAUGAAUAUUCGGAAAAUAGUAGACGUUGGACCAAGACGGAAACAUUAUCGAAUGUGGUAGAUCCAGUACAUGACAUAGCAUUUGCUCCCAACCUGGGGAGAAGUUUUCAUACUCUAGCUAUUGCUACGAAGGAUGUACGAAUCAUAACUUUAAAACCUGUGCAGGAUUCUGCACAAAGUGGAUUGUCACGUUUUGAAAUAACAACCGCAAAAUUCGAAGAUCAUUACUGCACAGUAUGGCGUGUAUGUUGGAACAUCAUGGGCACAAUCUUAGCCAGUUCUGGUGACGACGGUUGUGUACGAUUGUGGAAAGAUAAUUAUAUCAAUAAUUGGAAGUGCGUGGCCGUUCUUAAAGGGGAUGGUACUUCAGCUCAGAGUACAGAGACGCCCUUAACAACGACACCACCAAAUCAUCCUACUGGAGUUCAGCAGCCACUCUCCACCACCAGGAAUGUAACUAUAGCAACUGUCACAGCAGAAAAGCCUACAGCUCCUAUUAUGUCUACGAGCAAAUGGCAAGCACCUGUUACAAAAGGUCGUUUUAGUAAAUCCGUGUGGCUGGGUAAUCCAGCAGAACCAUCACCACUGCCGCCGCCAAUAUUAGACCGACCCAAAUCAAAAAAGUAAAAAGAUGUAUUCUUAUUGAAUUAGAUUAGAGUUCAAUAGUGAUGCUGCUUAAGCACCGAAUAUCAUUUAUUACAAAACGUGAUUUAUAAUUUCAAAGAAUAAUGGAUCAUGGACAAAAUCAUGAUAAGAAUCAAAUGAAACUCCUACCGUUAUUAUUUCCCUUUAUCUAUUUUCUGACAUUUAUUACAACUUAUUUCUACUCAUAUAUAUCGAGAAGGUGAUAACGAAAUAUUUUUUAGCCAAAUGUUGUAAGUAAGAUGAAGCAAUAAUGUUAAAGUAUAUUACAUACGGGUGUACUUAAUCGUGAAGUAAGAAAGACAUUGAACGUUGCUUACGUCAAAUUAAUAAUUACUAUAGUUUCAUUAAAAUAUUAAUGAAUCUUUUUAACGACAUUUAUGUGAAAACGUAUGAUUUAUAUGGUGCCAUUCCUUUGGCUUUGUAAAAGUAUUCUAGAUUUUGGUAAAGUGAAAGACUAUCUUGAUAUUAUGCAAUACUUGCAUAGAAUUACAGUAUAUGAGCUUUAAUUUUGUAAGAUUUACUAUGUGGUAUUUACUCUUUUUUUUUUAAUUUCUAUAUUCUUUAUCAAUAAUUUCUCUACUGAUGGCAAGUAAUACUUAGGAAUAGAAACGAGGACAAAUUUGACUUGAAAUACUUUUAAGAAUGCACUGAUUUCUCUUUUGGUGAUAUAAACGCAGUAUUAUAUAAGAAUUGAUAAUUUUGUUAUAGUUCAUAAGAAGUUUGAACCUGCUAAUAUUAUUAUAAGUUGUUAUUAAGAUUAUUUGUAUUAUCACAGUCCAAUAAGUUUGGCUGUUAGUAAUAAGUUUGACUAUAUGAUAAGAAUGAUUCUUUUUUUUAAGUUAGGCUCAAAAUUGCGUAAUUUAUUUCGAGCAAUACAAUGUUAAAUAUUCUAUAAUAUUAUAAAAAGGAAAUUGAUUUAAUAAGAACGAAAUUAUAAUUUUCAAUGCACUUUCCUUAUAAAGUACUAUAUUAUAUUAUGCAAUUGUGGGUGUAACGGUUUGACUUUUAUUUUCUUGGAUAAGCCAAAUCUUAAAACUCUAGAUGUCCUUUUUGAUAAUUCCGUUUUAUUCUGCUGAGUUGUAUCCGAUGUCUUCUCUAAGCUUUCUAGAAAAAAAAUGAUGAAACAAUAUCUAGUAUUAUAAAUAUUACCUUGUCAACGAAUUAAUUACAAACCAUUUUCUAUAGCA